GCCACCAGAUUGACCCUUUCACGGUUGACUCGAUCGAGAGAUCCGAUGGAGACUGCAGUGAACUUGGUUAACGUGGACCUCAAGAAGAACCUUGCGAAAAGCGAGCUGCAUUUGAGGAGGGUGCAUAAGCUCGUCCUCAGCCUGGAGCUCCUCAACAAGCAGAAGCUUCCAACCGGGCCCUGUGGUCGAGCUUGGAAGCCGCUUCCGUGUCAGCUGGGCUCACCGAGAGCGCCUGAAGACCGUAUCCAGUAUUUGCAGAAGCAUUACGAACCGUUAGUUCUGGACGAGGUGGAACUUUUGGACUUGGACGCGACUGGAUUUUCUGAUCAUGAGACUUGGUUGUAUGUGCCGCCCCAAACAAAAAAGAACUCCCAAGAUCCUGUCACCCCCUUACAAUGGUGCCGCCAUGUUCUGGAGGCUCCCGAAUGGAAGGUAGCGAGGCGUUUCAUGCAUCUCCAACUGGAAUCUGCAUCUUCAGCUUUGUGCUGGCGUCAAGUACUGUCCAGCCCUGGGCCCACCACAACCCCUCCGCCUGUCGGCAAAGUUCCGGUCGUGUCCCCCAUCAGCAGCCCACGGUCGCCUGAGACUCACGCUCACUCUCAGAGCCCCAGUGGGAGGGCAAGGACUCCCACCUUCAUCCCCCAUCUGACGCGUGGCAGCAACAGCAGCCCGCGGCGCCGCAGCAGCCCUCGGCAACAGGCUGACCUUGCCGUCAUCCCUCCUGGGCCGGACGAGGAUAACUUGGUCCCUCAUGGCUACAAACUGAAGGAUCUGACUGAUGUGCAAGUGGUGGCGCGGCUGCAAGAGGAGAAACUCAGGCAAGCUUGCGCCAGCACUUCAUCCGCCCUGGCCACCCGACGCAGCCGGAGUGUCACCCUCCCGCUCAGCGCUCGCCCCGACCCGGAAGACGAAGCUGGCGGCAAAGGUCAGCUCUACCCACAGCGCGCCCGCACCUUCUCCAGCGACCGAAACUUGCAAAGCAGCAGCUUCCUGUCCGUACAUCCCUCCGCCCAGCCUCGCCCCUCCGCAGGCCGAUUACGCCAGCCUUCCAGAACAGGUCCAGAUAAGACCCAGAGCAGCUUGCCCAACCUUUCCCGAGCUCAAAGUGUCCCCAACGCUUCUUUACUUGCUACUAACCAGAACUUUGGUUCUCCAAGCUGCAUGACCUCCCCGACCUCGCCAACCUUGCGCCACGCCAGAGUCCAGAGCACGGGGAGAACAUCUUCACCAUCACGGCAACCACCCAAGGCCAGCGCCUUUGCUUUACGUUCAGCGGGCGGCGCCGACGGCACCAGCAGGAUCCCGAUGCGGAGUAAAUGCUCCUCCUACUGUAUGUCGGGCCUAAGCCCACCUUGGCCCGGCAGUAGCUGCAAGGUGGCACAGCUAUAGAAAUGCGGUGCGGUUAUUUUCCACGUGAUGCGUGGAAGUUACAGCGCUCGUGUUCCUUUAAGUUGUUUUAUUUUAUUUAUUUUGUCUGCCAAUGGAGAGUUGUCACUGCUGCUUCUGUGCACUGAACAACCUUUUAGAAUAUUUCAGAUCUAUUUCGAAGUGUGAUUAUUAUUAAGUUUUGACCCACUUUGGCAACAUAUGCCGACAAUGCUGCUAAAAUGUGAUGUCGCUUUUUUAUAUUUAUCAAUGGUCACAUAAUGAUGUGAUUAGUUUGUUCACCUUUUGUCUUAAUAUAUUUUUCUCCGUGUGGUUUUACACAAGACGCAUGCACACAAGUUUGUUUGGUCACACUUAACACGAAUUAUGAUGAUGUUCUGAUUUGCUCUUCACCCAGAUUGUCACGGUUAUGCAUAGU